UCCCCCUCCCCCUUGGGGUGCCGGGCGGAGCCGGCCUUCUCCGGGUCUCUAGUAGUUUCCGUGCGCCUGACGCACGCCUGCGCGCACAGCUGGGCCGGGCGCGUCCUACGCAGCAGCCGCGAGCCGGGGCUGCGGUGCCAGACGGUUCCCGGCGGGGGGCAGGGGCGGGACUUCGGGCGGAGGAGCCCCGAGGAGGCCCGCUUGACGAUUGCCAUGGCAUCCUACUACGAGAUUCUAGACGUGCCGCCGAGUGCGUCUGCUGAUGACAUCAAGAAGGCGUACCGGCGAAAAGCGCUACAAUGGCACCCAGACAAGAACCCCGAUAACAAAGAGUUUGCUGAGAGGAAAUUUAAGGAGGUGGCAGAGGCUUAUGAAGUGCUGUCUGACAAGCAUAAGCGGGAGAUCUAUGACCGCUAUGGCCGCGAAGGGCUGACUGGGGCAGGAGCUGGCCCCUGUCGGGCAGAAGCUGGUGCUGGUACUGGUGGGCCUGGCUUCACUUUCAGCUUCCGCAGCCCUGAGGAAGUCUUCCGGGAGUUCUUCGGGAGUGGAGACCCUUUUGCAGAGCUCUUUGAUGACCUGGGCCCCUUCUCGGAGCUUCAGAACCGGGGUUCCCGACACUCAGGCCCCUUCUUUACCUUCUCCUCUUCCUUUCCUGGGCACUCUGAUUUCUCCUCCUCGUCUUUCUCCUUCAGUCCUGGGGCUGGUGCUUUCCGCUCUGUUUCAACGUCCACCACUUUUGUCCAGGGUCGUCGCAUCACAACACGCAGAAUCAUGGAGAAUGGGCAGGAGCGAGUGGAAGUGGAGGAGGAUGGGCAGCUGAAGUCAGUUUCAAUCAAUGGUGUCCCAGAUGACCUGGCACUGGGCUUGGAGCUGAGCCGUCGUGAGCAGCAACAGUCAGUCACCUCUAGGUCGGGUGGUGCACAGAUUCGGCAGACUACUGCCCAACGCCCCUCUGACAGCGACCUCUCUGAGGAGGACGAAGACCUCCAGCUUGCCAUGGCCUACAGCCUAUCAGAGAUGGAAGCGGCUGGGCAGAAGCCGGCAGGUGGGCGGGGGGUACAGCAGCAAUGGCAGGGACGGCCCAAGUCCCAGCACCAAGGUCCAGGGGGAACCCACGAGGGGGCCCGGAGUGAGGCAACAAAACCCAGCCCAUCCCCAGAGGAGAAGGCUUCUCGCUGCCUCAUCCUCUGAAUGCCAGGCCCAGCCUGACCUGAUUCAGGUCUUGACUCAGCGUCCGACUCACUGUCAGAGCAGAGUGUGGCCCGAGUUGUGGGAGCCUGAACUCUACGUCCCCCUACAAGUUUCCCUCUUGGGCCCGCUGUAUUCCAGUGUGGACUUUGGAUUUACUGUGCUCAGCCAGAGCUGAUAGGUCCCUGGGGGAAGCUGAUAGGUCCCUGAGGGGGGUGGGAUGUUGGGGGAACGGAAGGGCCUGAGGGAGCUGAAUGUGCUCUGUGAAGUGGGAGUUUCUGAGGGGCAUUAAUGGAUUGGGUUGAGCCUUUUGUGCUCAGAUUCUCUGCCACCCGUGUUGCCAAGGGUGUCAAGGAAGGAGGACUUGGCCUGGGGUCCAGUGCUGUGAGCCCGAGUUGGCAGCUCCUCUAGGAAGUGAUGCAGGCUGAGGGGAGUCUCUGCACUCCGUGUCCAGCUGCAGAGCCCUGGUUUCUGUGCAGUGUUGAGCUCUGACUGUCUGUGCUUCCCUUCUGGUGCUGCUCUCCUUCCUCCCACUCUGCUUUCUGCAGCUCUCUGCGGGCUGCAUCGCUUGCUUUCACUGCCACCUGGCUAGGACUCCCUUCUCCUUCUCUCCCCGAGAAGCCUCAUUGUGCCCAGGAAGAUGCUGGGGCCGGUGGGGCCAUGAGGUCUUCUGGGGAGGCUAGCUGGGUGGGGCGGGAGCCUCUCAGCCAUCCAGAUUCGGAGCCGGAUCUACUCUUCCUCCCUUCCUCUUGCUGCCUCAGCCUGCCCCAGCUGCGGGACUAGGCAGAGAUGUAUUCUGAGCUGGAUGUCCAGGAUGCAGAGUGGCUUCACAAUUCCAACAGGACAGCACCCUCACCCAUGUGAUGGGAAGGGACACCCCAUUCCUCCCUCACCCAUGCUGAGUGUAGAGCUGGGGCCUGGGCAGUGGGUGGGGGACAUCAGUAGUCUUAGCCUGUGUACUUUUCCCUGGGUGUGUGUGGGGGGGUGUCUUGUGGACUACAAAUCCCACAAUGCAAUGCACCCAGCCGAAUUUCUGAUAGGUUACACCCAGGAGAAUUGGUGCCUGGUUAUGGAGCUGUGCUUCUUGGGAUAUGUAGUUUUAACCCUGCCAGGCCUUUUGCUUGUUCUUGAUGGGGAGAUCUUGUCUUUUGGUUUGUCCCUGGUGCGGUGGCAAGGAUGUGGAUGAAGGGAGAAUGAUCUGAACCUGGGUUCCCCUGACACUUCUUGCUAGCUCCAGGAUUGGAGUGGGCAGGUCAAGACCUUACAGCAACUGGGAGAAAUUCUUUUCCUGUAGGCUAGCAGGCAAAGUAGGCAGGGCAUGGCCCUGGAAGGCUGAGGGAGCUUGGAAGGGAAAGCCACCCUCACAGAGGCAUAUGGCUGGCAUUGGUGUGUGCUGGGAACACAGGGCAUGCUGCUGCUUGAAUGGCUUUCUUUGGACUCUGACCCUGCUGCCUACUCUUUCUCUCCAACAUCACAGGCAGCUGCCUCUCCUCCUCCCUACCUAGGGAGCCUAAGGCUGGGAAGGGACUGAUGGAGGAGGGUGUUUCCAGCCCCUGAAACACUGAGCCCCACAGACCUAUCAAAGUCAGCCAGGCUGGGCUCAGACCAAGAGGGAAACUGGAAUUCAAUAAAACUGAGUUUGGAGCACUCA